AUGUUAUAUUUAUUUAUCAUCAUCAUUCUAUAAUAAUUACUAAUAACUCAACAAUGUUAGAUAUUUAAUGAGAAAAUACUGCUUGGAGAUUAUUAUACAAAUAAUGGUUCAAUUUUGGCAGUGAUCGAAUUCAAGUCUUAUGAAUUUUGUGAAAUACCAAUUAAAAUCAAUUUGAUCUAACUUAGAUAUGAGAGCAGUUUUAUUGAUCAAUAGUAUUAUGUUUAUACAGUUCCCAUCGAAUCACACUUUAUGAUUAAGUUCAAUAUGGAUAACAACGUAACAUUAGGCGACUUGUAAUUGACACUAAGAUUACCAAAAAAAUAUGGAAGAGAAUCGAUAUCUAUUGUGGAGAAGGAAGGAAGUUAUUAACUAAUAAACAAUAACUCAAUAUUUAAUGUUCCACCUUUCGAAGCUACAAAAAGUAUAAAUGUGGAGUCCAUUCAUUAUAUACUAAUAAACAGAUGUGAAAUUGGUAAGGUUAUUAAAGAUUUACAAAAACCAUUUGGUAAAUGGACUCUACUAAUUGGCAAAUACUCAUGUAUGAAGAAAUUGAGUCUUCUGAAAUAUGAUGCAUAUAUCCAAAUUGGUGAGAAUCAUUUUAUUACAUUUCUUUAGACUAAUUAGUAAUUUUCAGAAAAUGUAAUAAAAAUGACCUUCCUUAUACACAACGAUAAUAAAUUAGAAUAUAAUUAUUAUUUUAAUGAAGAAUUAGUUUAAUAAGAAUUUGUAGUAAAGAACACAUUACAGCAACCUGGUCCUGAAAGUGAUUGUUUACCAUAUGGAUAAAGAAUAAGUUUAGGAUAUUAUUAUACAAAUUACAACGAUUCAAAUGAAUUAAUUAAUAUUGCUUAUAAUACCUUAUCUAAUUGUCCAAGUGGAUUUCUACAUAUUUAUGAUAAUGACAAUGUAGAUUAAUUGGUAUCACUCUCUGAAAUUAGAACCUUGAAUAUGAGUUAGAUUUAUGAGAAUACACCCUACACUUUCACCUAUGUGACAUAUAUAAAUAUUGUGUCUUUAAACUAGUCUAUUCUACCAAAAUUAGGAUAAAUAUAUAAUUAUCAGAUUUAUGGAGAUAUAAAUUAAGAGAGCGAGACAUAUUAAUUUAAAGUACCUUUGAAAGAACCUGACAACUAAAUACACAAGAUAAUAUUCUUUGGAGACAUGGAUUCUAAUUGGACUGGAAAUAAAUCCAAAUAAACAUUUGAUUGGUUUUAGUCCAUCCAAAAUAAUUAAAGUGAUUAUGAUGUACUCAUAUUUGAAGGAGAUAUGGCAUAUGAUUUGGAAUCCUUAGAUUGUUAAUAAGGUGAUUUUUGGUUGAGGAAUAUGACUACUUUUACAUCAUAUUAUCCAUUAUUGCCAACUCCUGGAAAUCAUGAUUCUGGUGACAAUUAUGAAUUUGACUUCUAUAGAGUCUCAUUUUUAUCCCCAGAAAAACCAUAUAACACAAAGGAGAAUUAUUACAAUUUUUACAGUGUUGAUUUGGGGUUAGUUCAUUACAUAUUCUAUAAUCCAACAAAUAUUGUGUAUGAUGAAUGCAAUUAGACUGAAAUCGAUAUUAUGGUUUCUAUUAUGGAAAAUGAUCUGAUAGAGGCAACAAAGAACAGAGAUAAAAUACCCUGGAUUAUUGUAAAUAGUCAUUAUCCUAUGUAUUGCAGUGACGCAACUGAUCCUAUGUGUUCAUCUAACUUUAUUGCACUCAAUCCAUUUGCAGAAUUAUUCACCAAAUAUGGAGUUGCAAUUUACAUGUCUGCUCAUUAACACAAUUAUGAGAGAGAUGCUCCAUUUAUAUAUAAUAAAUCAUAGAUCAAUACAGGUCUUAUAACUGAUGGUCCAGAACAACAUUUAAUCAUGAAUUCAGCAGCUCCAGUGUAUGUUAUUGAAGGUUCUGCAGGUUAAGAGUAUUUUACACCACUUGUGCCUUAUCCAGCAUAACCAUACACAGUAUAUUAGACUGGCUAUAACGAUGGAGUAGGCAUUCUAUCUAUUUAUAAUGAGACUCAUUUGUAUUUUGAAUAAAUAGAUCUUAUUGAGAAUAGAGUAGUGGAUUAUUUUUGGGUAGUACAAUCAAGAGGACUUGCUAGUGAGAGGACAUUCAAUAUAUUAUUAUGGGUCAUAAUGGCAUUUGCUAUGGUUUUGGUUAUUGGGUUGGCUGUCUUUUAUGUGAUGAGAAGGUAAAUGAUAAAGGAGAAAUUAAUAAAUUGAUCCUUUGAUAUUAUAUUUAAUGAAUGUUUAAUUUUAAUAUUCCAUUUUACUCU